GCACUGAGGGCGGAAUUAGGCAAGUGCCAGGAUGCUAAUAGGGAUAAGGGAGGCUCAGUUCCAACAUACCAGAAAUUAAACGUCACUUGCAAGUACACCGUCACCUAGGAGCUGCCUCACCUCAUCGCACACAGACUUUGAAGAUAGAAGACGGCACAUGCUCGUGCAUGUUGACACAGACCAUCAGAAUCUGACACACAGCAGCGUUCCCAGCAGGUAGGGGCCUCCAGGGGCCCGCCAGGUCUUAGUAAAAGCCGAACUGUUGACGCCUUUAACCAGGGCCCACCUGGAAAGCCCACACCAGGCCGCAGUCCUUCAUCCCUCAGCCUUUUUGAAUCCAGAUUCCGGCAGGAGCCAAAAGACCCUGAGACCAAGUCAUCCGGCAUGUUCGGCUCCAGUUUCCUCAGCGGGGCCAACCCCCUCAGUGCUGUAUCGUCUAUGACUUCCUCUGUCUCCUCCUCCAUAUCCUCUAUGGGUGAUGCUGUUAACAUCCCAAAGUUUGGACUUUUUGGUGACGAAGAGGAGGGGGACUCACCUGUUCCAUCUGAAUCCAAGCAGGGAGGGAAGCCACAAGGGAAAGGCCCACAGCAAGGGCCAGGUCCAAAGGGACCACAGCAGGGAGGACCCCAGAAACAGACUCAGGGCCCUCCUGGUCAGGGAGCAAAACCAGGGCAAGGACCUCCUGGUCAGGGACCCAGACAAGGUCAGGGACCACCAGGCCAAGGACCAAAAACAGGCCAAGGUCCUCCUGGCCAAGCACCACCAGGUCAACAGGCCCCCAGACCAGGUCAAGGACCACCAGGUCAAGGCCAACCAGCGUCACAGGCACCCAGACCAGGUCAAGGACCCCCAGGUCAAGGACCCAAGCAGAGUGGCCCUCCCCAGCAAAAAGGUGGUCCACCGCCACAACAACAAGGACCUGGGAAACAUGGACCCAGACACCAAAUGCCACAAGGCCCUGGGGCACAUCCUGAGCAGCCAACAAAGAGUGCUGGGCCUCCUGGUCAACAGGGAGCUGGAAAGCCUGCAGGUGGACUCUGUCCACUGUGUAAAACCACCCAGCUAAACAUUGGAUCUAAGGAUCCACCCAAUUACAAUAACUGUACUGAGUGUAAGAACCAGGUCUGCAGCCUGUGUGGAUUCAGCCCCCCAGACUCAGCGGGUAAAGAGUGGUUAUGUCUUAACUGUCAGAUGCAGCGAGCAAUGGGAGGAAUGGAUCCCCCUGGUAUGACAAAGCCCAAGCAAGGAUCCGCCCCACCCUCUCCUCAGAGACAGGCAUCGGGAAAGCCUGGAAAGCUCCUGAUAAAGCAGCAGAGCACCACCGACCAAGGGUUAACACCACCAACCACACCUAGGCAGAAAUCCCCUGGUCCUACUUCUCCAGGACCGCUUUCACCAGGCUCCUCUGUGGCAGGAUCCCCUAAAAUUGACCCCAAGACAGGUCGCCCCAUUAAUCAGAGGUCCAGUCCUCAGCAGUCCCCAGCUAAACCCAAACAGGAGGGUUUCUUUGGAGGGCUUGGAGGUAUCAGUUUAGGAGGCCUCACAGAUGCAGCUAAGCCUCCAGGAGCUGCUUCACAAGCUGGUGAGUCCGUCACAGGAAAACUGUUUAGUGGGUUUGGUGGGCUGAUGGAGUCGUCAAAACCUCAGGCCCAGACUGCACCAAAACAGGAGGAGUCAGUUGCUGGGAAGUUGUUUGGUGGUUUUGGAGGGUUGACAGAGUCCACUAAACCUCCUGCGGCUGCAUCUCAAAUGUUUAGUUUUGGAUCGUCCCUCUUGAGCUCAGCAACCAGUCUUGUCACUGGAGAGGAUGAUAAAGCAAUGAAUUCACCACCUGGGUCACCACCCGACUCCCCUGCAGACUCUGGUCCCGGUUCUCCCCCUGACUCCCCUCUCUCUGCGCCUGGGUCUCCCCCUGAUUCAGACUCUGCUCCUGACACGCCACCUGCGAGGACCAAGAAACCCCCCAGAACCACCACGGAGCUGGAAGGGAAAGCCCCAGAAAACGAACCCAUGCCUGCUCCAGCCCCAGCAACCAAGGAAAACUGCCCUCUGUGUAACGUGGAGCUAAAUGUUGGAUCGACAGACAUGCCCAACUACAGCCUCUGCACCGAGUGCAAGAAGAUAGUAUGCAAUCUGUGUGGAUUCAAUCCUACUCCUCAUUUAGGCGAGAAAGAAUGGCUUUGCCUCACCUGCCAAACUCAAAGAGCCAUGUCAGGCCAGCUGGGAGAUGCUUCAUCUCCAUCCUUGGCUUCCCCGAAGAAGCAGCCUCCUGAUCCUGCUCCCUCCUCCACCCCUCACCCUGCUGCUGUAGAUAGCAAACCUGUAGUAGAACCAGCAGACCUAACCCCACCAGCUUCUGAGACCAAGGUAGUGCCCUCAACCCCUCCCAAAGCCACAUCUGCACUAAUUUCACCUAAUCAUAGUACUUCUCCUCCUGAGAACAGUUCACAGGACAUGCCACAGUCAAAAGAACAAAAGCAAACUCUAGCAGAUGAGAAUGUUAUUUAUCCUGAGAAAGAUGUUCCUGUAGUAGAAUCAGCAGACCUAACCCCACCAGGCUCUGAAACCAAAUUAGCACCCUCAAAUCCUCCUGAGGCCACACCUGAUAGUGCACUAAUUUCACCUAAUCAUAGUAUUCCUCCUCCUGAAAACAGUUCACAGGACACACCACAGUCAAAAGAACAAAAACAACCCCCAGCAGAUGAGAAUGUCAUUCAUCCUGAGAAAGAAGCUCCUGUUUCAGAGAGUUUAGCUGGUAGGGCCCCAGCAGUCCCACCAGCCGAGCAACAGCAAAACAGCUCAGAGAAAAUAGCAGAGGACCCCUCACAACCAGAGAAAAUGCCAUUUGGUUCUGGUCACCAAACUCAAAGUGCAGCUGUCAGUGAACCCCCAACAGCUGAGCAACAACAGGGUAACUCUGAGAAAGCAGCAGAGAACCAUUCUGAUCCCUGUACAGAGAUAGUUAAUGAUGAGCAACAAGCACAGAGUGCAGCAGUUGAGCAACAGCAGAGUAGUUCUGAGAAAACCACAGAGGACCUUUCUCUCCCUGUGGAAGGUGAGACAGAGAAUCUAUUGAUUAAUGCAGGUUUAGACAAGGCAACAGUCCCUGCUGGGGCAGAAACUGAGCCAAAUCCCAAUAUUACGCAGAGUGAGGCCGUUGUUCCCCUGGCAGAUAGUAAGAAAGUGGAACCCACUCAAGAAAAGCAUCCGGAAGUGACAACAAAUUCAGUAGAGCCAAAGCCUGCUUUGAUCCCCGAAGCAGUCACACAGGAAACUGCUCCCGUUCAGCCCGAUUCUACAGCUGCAAAUGUACAAGAGGAGAAAAUAACAGAGGUUUCAGCUGAGAAACCCAUGACAGAUGAACCACAAGUUACUCCAACAGAUCAAACUCCAUCUGACAAUGGAACACCUAAUGUCAAGUGUGAUGUUAGUGCAGAAAUAACAGAAGCAGAACCAAAAACGUCCAUGUCCCUUGUUGAAAAAGUUGACAUCUCUGAACCUGACAAGACUGAGCAAGAAUUAAAACGAGAGACAGAAUGUGCAGAACCUGAAAGUCCCUUGGUAGUGCCAGACAAACAUUCUGUCUCAGCUUCAGAGGGAAAAGGUCAGGCAAAUGAAGCGAAAAAUGAACCCUCAGAAAAAGAUCAGGAGCCCACAUUACUUGAUGUGGCUGACAACUCCUCUCUUGUUGCUCAGGUUGAAGGAGAAAAUAAAGCUGUGGCGAAAUCAAAUGAGGAGAACGAGGCUGAAAAUAUAGUUUCUCCGAAAGUUAUUAAUGAGGGAGACACAGCUACGCCGAGAAUACCCGAGGGAGCUGAUGCAGGAACAUCAGCUGAGAUUAAAACAAAUGCAGCUGUAGAGAUAGCUACUGAGGUAAAACCUGAUGAAGAGAACGCUGCUGAAGAAAAGGCAGAUGCAGUGAACACAGUUCAUAAUAAAAAUGACCAGAAACCUCUAGAAGAGAAUGUUAGUCCAGAACUCAUCUGUACUGAAACAGAAGAAACAUGUCCUGUACUCGGCAAGAAGGAAUCGGGAAUGGGAUUAGAGCCAGCUCCAACUGUUCCAGAGGAAAUGCCAAAGGAAGAAAUACAAAUACAGAAUGAGAUAAAAACAGGAACAAAGAAUGAGCCCACUGGGGAAAGCAUUAUUGAGACAGCAUACUUGUCAGAGAAGUCAGAGGAGAAAAAAAAGACUGUGAUAGAAGGAGAGUGUAUAUCACAGAUGCAGGAAAAGCAGGCACCCGAAGAUUCAGUGUUAAAAGCAGAUAAUAAAUCUGACAGUGCAGUGGUUAUCUCUGUUCCCCCAUCCCCUGACUCUGAAGAGCUACAAACGGUCAAUAUUGAGGCGCCAGUGCAAAGUGUCGAGACCGUGUUAUCCUCAGCUGUUACCAGUGAGAGAAAAGUCAGAGAUGAAGCCUGCGAGGUGAAAGCUUUUCAGGAUGAGUCAGAGGAUGGUUCACAAAAGACAAACAGUAUUGCUGAAAAUCAACACAAAGCAGAGAAAGAUACAUCAGCUGGGACAGGCAGUGAUGAGAAAGCGCUUGAAAAAGUUGUUGAGUUGUCAGUCAAAGAGAAGGAGGAAGGAAAAUGUGACAAAAAAGAGGAUGAGUCACAACCUGUUGCUGGCAACAUGCAGGAAACUAUUUCAGUAUCAGAGGCAAGCUCGGUGUGCAACAAAGAAGGCGCUGCAGAGUUUGAUGUAAGCGGGAACGCAAUAUCAAAGAAGGAUGAAGUAUCAGACGCAGUUUUUGAAAAUGGAGGUGUGCCUGUAUCAGUAGCUUCAGCUCUUGUCACAGAACCUGAAAUCCCAGUUUCUGUAGUAAGUGAGCAGGACAGAGGCCCAAAGGAGGAGAACAAUAAUAUGGAGGAGAAAAAGGAGUCUCUUGAAAAGCUCAAUGAUGAAGAUGCAUUUUCUGAGGUGAAAACAGCAGAGACCUUGAAAGACCUUAAAAUAACAGCUGUCAAGGAGGGCAGCCCCACCAGCCCAUCAGACCUAGCAAAGCUGGAAAGCACUGUCCUUCCCAUUCUUGAGGCCCAAGCAAACACGCAAGAAGAGCAGAAACAAACAGACACUUUAAAGGCCAGGCGUAAAUUAGAGGUGCUUCCUCUCUCGCCAGACUCUCCUAGCUCAGAAGAGGACAGAGAAGUUUCCGAUAAGAAUACCAAAGGUACCACAAAGAAGAAGCUCCUUGUGCCUAUGGAUGUCAAAGCAGAUUCCCUGGAUGAUAGCAGUGAAAGCUUUGGAAAAGAAAGCCCAAUGUCAGGAGAUGAUGAAGAAUUUAUCAGAAAACAGAUAAUGGAAAUGAGUGAGAAUGAAGAUGCUUCACCAUCAGAUGAAGAAAAUAUAGUCCGGCGGAAGAUCAGAGAGGACGAGAAGAAACAAAAGGAACAGAAGAAAACAGAGACUGCAGAGAAGAGCACGUCAGGAAAAAGCAGACGGCUUACCAAGAAAAGCACUAUAAGCCCCGAUGAUGAAGAUAAGGAAUUUGGCACUUCAAUGGAUAAACCUGAUAUAAACACAGAUAUGGUAGUUGAACCAAAAGAAGGGGAGCAGCAAAGUGGUACUGCAGUUCGCAAAUUCCAAACUAUGGAGCUGAAUACAACAAGCACCCCUAUGUCUGUUCUUAAUGAUGAUGGAGAACCUGAAAUGGAAAGCCUUACAGACUCUCCAGAUGAUCGGUCUAGAGGUGAGGGGUCAUCCAGUCUACAUGCAUCUAGCUUUACUCCUGGAACUUCUCCAACAUCCCUCUCAUCACUGGAUGAAGACAGUGAUAGCAGUAGUCCAAGCCAUAUCCGCAGUGGGGAAGGUAAACAGCACAGGAAAGCCAAACACAGACAACCUGGUCAAAUGCUGCCAACCAUUGAAGACUCUUCUGAAGAAGAAGAGUUACGGGAAGAAGAGGAGCUGCUCAGGGAGCAAGAAAAACAGAAGGGCUCAGGGAAAAAAUCCAAAAAAGAUAAAGAUGAGAUUCGAGCCCAGAGGAGGCGAGAGCAUCCAAAGACACCACCAAGCAAUCUUUCCCCUAUUGAAGAUGCCUCGCCGACUGAAGAACAGAGGCAAGAAGCUGAAAUGGAGGAGAUCAGACGAUCAUCCUGCUCUGACUUUUCACCCAGUAUUGAGUCAGAUCCUGAGGGAUUGGAAAUCCAUGCUGCAAAGAUUGCAGCAGUCCAGAAAACUUAUAAGCUGCCCAUGUCAGUAUCUCUUCACUCUCCAACAGAUGAUCAAAACAGUGAUAAACCACAGAAAAAGCCUCUCAGAUCUGCUGAUGAAGCUUAUGAAGAGAUAAUGCUAAGGGCCAAAUCUCCAACAGUUGACAAAGGUGAGAUUCAACCAGAAAAAGAGUCCCUUUAUGGAGGCAUGCUGAUCGAAGACUAUGCAUAUGCAUCUCUUAUUGACAAUUCAACUGCUGAUCUGGAGGAGCCAGAGAAGAUUAGUGUUCCUGCUCAGCCCAAAAGGCUAAGAUCACCAGAUGAAGUUUAUGAAGACAUGAUAAAGAAAAGAAAGGAAUUCAUGCAACUGGAGCAGGAAUACCAAAAUAUGCAGGCAAAAAAAGAAGGCACUACCCCAGAAAUUAUACUACAACCUGCUGAAUAUACUGUCACCAAAAGCAGUAAAGUAACAUUAGGCAAAGAUGGGAAGCCAUUGUUGGAUGCUGAAGCUGCCUAUGAAGAGCUAAUGAAAAGAGUUCUGACUCCUGGAACAAGUCCAACUCAGCAGGAGCCAGAAGUAGAAGCCACUGCAUCUAGAAAGGCACUCCACCCCAUUCCAGACUUAAAGGUGACACAAUGCUCUUCAGGAGAAUUAUCUUCUGAUGACGAAGUUACCACUAAAAAGGGAGAGGAGAAAAAUGCUGUAACAGAUAGUAUAUCAACAAUGGAAGCUGAGCCUGUGAAAGAGACUUCAUCAUCCACAUCAGAUCAGCAACCUGAAACCACAAUCACAGCAUCCCAAGCUGAAAUUGUGGACUUAACAAGAACAACAGCUCCUGUGAUUGCCAGUGUAUCACCCUUACCUACAGUCCCCCAGUAUACAUCUAGUACACCAAGUGUAGUAUCAACUGCCCCACCUGUGCCCCCAAAGCCAACUGUCCUGCGUAGGGCUAAUUCUCAGGAAAAAACAGAAGAACCUAUUGCACCACCACUGCCUCCUCCCACCCCUCCCAAACCUACUGUUUUUCCCAGAAAACCUCCAAUUCCACUUCCACCUCAGGCAUCAGCAGCUCCAGUAAGGCCAGAGACAGUGGCUAUGACUACAGCUCAAGCACCACCUGCAAGACAAGUAGUUACUCCAACAUAUAAACCUCAUGUUCCCCCUCCUGUACCCCCAAAGCCAUCCAUUCCUGCUGGAAUUGGGGACAGCCACAAGCCAGGACACAGUAUUAAACCACCAAUUGCACCAAAGCCUGGUUCACAGCCUUCUUCACCUGCCCAUGUUCCACAUCCACCAAGACCCUCAGUACUUCCCACAGGUCCUGGUGACAUAGCCCUUAAUCUAAGCCCCUCUUCUGAGAGCAAACCGUUCCAACCCUCACCAAAGUCUCCUUCGUCUCCGAGAUAUGCCAGCAAUCUUCGUGACACAUAUGUGGUCAUCACUCUGCCAUCUCAGCCUAGCUCUCCUGUUGACAGUGUUACCACUCGUGCUCCCUCUAGCCCUGGUCCAGCAUCUCCUUCAUGGCAAGCUCAGCCCGAGAGUUACCAGCAUCAGCAGCCUCAAUCUCAACCAUAUUCACAGCAGCAUCAGCAACCAACACCUCCUCAAACAACCAGGGUGCCUCUGGCAUAUACACGAGUCACAGAAUCCAUUGAAAGUCAAGAAAUCUGUGGCCCUGAAAAACAUGUAUCAAGUUCUUGUCAUAUAAUUGAGGCUAUAUCAGCCUCAGCACAGCCACCUGUGGUUAUGCCUAACCUCAUCUCUCAAGUGGUCACCACAGAAGUCCAAAGGACCACUGUCUCUGUUGUUCAUGAAAGGACACCACCACCAGUGCCAGCUCCAAGGGCAAAUGGUCUCCCAAUCUCAAUGCAGAAACCUAAGCCCCAGUUGCCAGUGCAGAACGGGCAGGCCAUUCAGCCUUCUGAGGUGGUAGAUCUUAGGACUAUGAAGGUGGAUCCAGAAUCAGCCACUAAGGGUGUGGAUCUGUCUGCUGGCCCAGACUCAAGACAUCAGCCCCUUGCUACUGAUGUCAGUCGUCACAGCAGUGCAGUGCAGUCACCUGUGGUCAACCUUAGUGCUGAAUCAUCUACUGUUUCCAUAGUAACUGAUAGCAUCACCAUUGUGACCUGUGCUGCCACAAUCCAGCGACGUGACAAUGUAGACACCUCUCUAGCCUCUUCAGUGCCCCUUCAGCUAACGAAAAACAAAGCAUUUGAACCUGUUUCUCAGAUUAUUUAUCGACCAAUUGAUUCUCAGCCCUCUACUCAUGCUACUACAGAGAUCCCAAUUAACCUCUCAGUUGGAUCUAGUACAAGUGGAGGAACAUUCCAGACCACCCCUGUCACUAUUGCACCCACUUCUGUUGCAAGUUGUAUUGCCAAUGGAUUAACCGUAGGUACACCCACAGAGUCUGGAGCUGUUGACCUCAGUACAAAUAAACCAUUCAACACUGUGGUUUCAGUGGAUGCUACAUCUGCCGAAGUGGUUACAGCUGUAAUCACAGAUGAUGGCAAACCAGUGGAUCUGACUGCAGGGAAAAGAGCUGUAUGCUGUGAUGUUGUGUACAAGCUUCCAUUUGCAGGAAGUUGCACUACUCACCAACCUACCACACCCUUGCCUGAGGAUCGUUUUGGAUAUCGUGACGAUCACUAUCAGUAUGACAGAUCACCUUACGGCAUGAGAGGGUUUGGUGGAAUUAAACCUUCAAUGUCAGAUACCAACCUAGCAGAAGCAGGCCUGUUCAUUUACAAGAGUAAAAACAGCUAUAAUUUCAGUGGCACAACUGAAGGUGCAGUAGAUCUCACCUCAGCAAAGAUUUCUGAUGCAGGUGAAGCUGUUGACUACUCCAAGAAAGGAACAUAUGCUGGAAUGACAAUUCCACCCUAUUCUCAAGAUAGAGUUACAAGUGCUGUUGGCACGCUCUUUGGUACCAGCAGUGUUUUGAGGUCAUCAAAUGGAGUGGUUUAUUCCUCUGUAGCAGCACCAGUCCCAUCUACAUAUGCCAUUACCACCCAGCCUGGAUCCAUAUUUAGUACGGCAUACAACACCCUGUCAGGUAUGCAUACCAGUGACACCAUGCCUUCCCUUUCCAACCUCCAGAACCUACCACUUACACGGUCCCACAGUUUUCUAUCCACUAUCUCUACUACUGCAGCAGAAGAACAAGGAGAUGCCCCACUCAAUCUAGAGAUAUCUAGAGGAGAUUCUACUGCUGCUGAUGGUAUGGCUGCAACAACAACUUCUUUAUCACUUGACACUUACACUGAUGCAUCCCUGGAGGCCAUAGCUGCUUCUCUGGAAGCUCUGUCUUCACCCAUGGUUCCUGGAGACAGCCAGUAUCAGGCAGAGCGCGAGAGGCUAGAAAUGGAGAAACUCAAGCAACAGCGCCUGGCUGAGGAAUUAGAAUGGGAACGGCAGGAAAUUCAGCGGUUCCGAGAACAUGAACAACUCAUGGUGCAAAAAGAACUAGAGGAGCUGCAGGCUAUGAAGCAGCAGAUACUGGCCCAGCAAGAAGAGGAAAGACAGGCUCACCUCAUGAUGCAGAAAGAAACUUAUGCCCAACAACAGCAGCAGCUUGAGCAGAUUCAGCGACUCCAAGAGCAGCUCCGUAUGCAACUGGAAGAGCAAAAGCUUCGUCAGAUGUAUCCAGGUGGGGACAUACAAGGGCAUGGUUUGCAAGAGGCAGUUGUCUUAGGACCUGAUGGCACAGUACUGUCCCGAAAGAUCACUGAUAGUGGAUGCCAGACAGAUGAAGAGGAUGAAGCUGUUAGCAAAGCUUACACAGCAGGUAGAAAAAAGAGAACUGUUAAAAAGAGUGUUGACAGUUGCGUUCAGACUGAUGAUGAGGAUCAAGAGGAAUGGGAGGCUCAGAACAGAAGCCGACAAAGCCGGCCACGUACUGCCAGGGGUGACAGGGGUGGGCAGUCUGAGAUGUCUCUUCAAGCCCACACUGAGAUUUCUAUACAAACAGAUACAGAUGGGAACAUUAGAAUGGACACCAGGAUGGAGCUUUCUGACUCUGAAAGAACCUCACCAAAGAAACGACCUACCCCCUUAGAAAUAGGGCAGUCUCCUAACCUCAAAGCUGAUUCUUCUACUCUCCAAGCCCCUCCUAAAUCUCCCAAAGUGCUCUAUUCCCCCGUAUCCCCAUGUAUUUCACCAAGCAAAUCCCUUGAGUUUGUGUCCUAUGAUAAAUCACUAGGUGAUACAAGCCCACAAAAGCUCAGAGGAAGUACUGAUCCAUCAAAAGCCUCUCCAGCAAGUCCCAGAGGACAAAAAUCCAUGCAGAGAUCCAUGUCAGACCCUAAGCCCAUGAGUCCAACAGGAGAAGAAAGAGCAACAUCUGGGACCCAGUAUGGUGAUGGCUAUACUGGGAAAGGAUCAGGUGGCACACCAACAGGGACUCAAAAGAAGGUGAAGAGAACUCUUCCAAAUCCACCAUCAGAGGAGGAGACAACAACCAGUGGACAGACAGCAUACAGCACUGGUUCGGCCCGACGAAGAAUGUGCCGCAAUUCCAACAUGGCACGUGCCAAAAUCCUACAAGACAUUGAUCGAGAGCUUGAUCUGGUGGAGCGCGAGUCUUCCAAGCUCCGCAAAAGACAAGCAGAAUUAGAUGAGGAGGAGAAAGAGAUAGAUGCAAAGCUAAGAUACUUGGAGAUGGGCAUUAAUCGUAGAAAAGAUGCACUGCUUAAGGAAAGGGAGAAGAGGGAAAGGGCCUACUUACAGAGUGUUGCAGAGGACAGAGACUACAUGUCAGACAGUGAGGUGAGCAACAUCCGAGAAACUAGAGGAGGUGGUGAAGAUGAGGAGAUUGAAGGCCAUGGUCUUGAACGUCCCAGGACAGCCCCUCAGUCAGAAUUGGAUGACUUUGUCCCACCGCAAACUAAACACGAGUAUGGAAAAUACUCUCAAUACCAGUACCCUCAAAGUCAGUUCCAGCAGUCUCUUUAUCAGACUCCUCAGUCCUACCAAUCUCAUUCAAUCUAUUCCUCGGUCCCUUCACUCACUACCUCUCAGCAGCAGAGUUAUCACCAAAUGCUUUUGUUGCAGCAGAAAGCUGCCAGACAAGCAGCCCUACUCUCAGAGCUUGAUGCGACAAAAUAUGAUGUCAUUAACCGUCAGCCUGAUCCUACUUCAUCAGCUUACCUUGGUGUCAAGUAUGACAAAUACGGCAACCAUCUUGACCUCAGAGCCUUAGAGGUGGGAAGCAUAGCAGGAAGCCCAAUGUCAGCUGUCUCUGAUUCCUAUUACACAGAUGUAGAGCACCAUACACCUCGUAGUUACAUGCUACUGGAAGAUGCUGCAGAACUAGCUAAGAGCUCCACAGGUCUGUCCUCAUCUUAUAGUCUGGCGGAGAGGGAGCUGGCAAAGGCAGAGAAACUGCUUCGUAGGAGUGCUGCUGAUCUGGGGUCUACUGACUAUCUGGGAUCCACCUCCAGACUGCAUACUUUUGGCAAGACCCCUGAUGAAGAGGAUACUAUGGAAGAACCCUAUGAACUGAAACUUCUGAAACAGCAGCUCAAGCAAGAAUUUAGGAGAAGUACAGGUGGGACUGAAAACUUAGAACAAUUGACAGGUCUCUCGCAGCACUACUAUACUCCAAGCUCUAGCAUCCCCAGUUACUCUCAGAGACACUAUCCAAAGUCAGAAAAGUAUAGCAUCAGUCGACUUACUCUUGAGAAGCAGGCAGCUAAACAACUCCCAGCAUCUAUGUUGUACCAAAAACACAAGACUCCACUACUAGAUCCUAAAGUCUCCACCAAGUAUUCCUCUGUUACAGACAGCAGAGGUUUAGAGACUGAUUAUACCAGCUAUUUGGGAUCCACCAGUGCAUCCCCAAGAUCCAGUCGUCUCCUGCAGGAUGAGAUUACCUUUGGCCUUCGGAAGAAUAUUGCAGAGCAGCAAAAGUAUCUAGGAUCCACCUUGGGUGCUAACUUGGCUGGGUCACUAAACUUGGGCCAGAGCUUGGGUCUGGACUCUGCCUAUCCUAGUGGUAGCCGUUCAAGACCCUCAUCUAGGCCCACAUCUUGCUAUGGCCUGGACUUGUCUAUCAAAAGGGACCCAUCAAGCUCUUCACUGAGGCUUAAAGGAGAUGGUGAAGCAUCUGGUGAUGGGCCAAGUUAUCAAACCCCCUCUGGUCGCACCAAACCCACUAGCCUUCCCAUUGUGCAAAGUGGGCGUGGCAGAAUACCCAUAGUGGCUCAGAAUUCAGAAGAAGAGAGUCCACUGAGUCCUGUUGGGCAGCCAAUGGGUAUGGCCCGUGCAUCAGCAGGACCUCUGCCUCCCAUCUCAGCUGAUUCAAGGGACCAAUUUGGUUCUUGCCUUUCCUUGCAAGACUCCCAGCAGCAGCAACAUAUCAGGGAAGAGCCAACCAGGGGUAGGAGUUAUGUGCUGCUGGAUGACCUUCAGGGCACCAUGUCAGAUAGUGAAGCCCUAAGUGAUUCCCUGAUGACUUUGAGCAGAGACGAUGCAACCAAUGCCUACCACCUUAGACGAGAAGAGACAGAUUGGUUUGACAAACCAAGAGACGGACGGUCAGAGAACGGACAAGAGAAGAGACAGGGAAAAGGUCCAUACUACCCCUUCCCUCACCUCAGGGUCAAACUGCAGAGGGAUCCCAAAGACCGCAGUGUCUCAGGAAAUGGUCUGGGUAUCCGAGUAGUUGGAGGAAAAGAGGUCCCUGGUAGUAAUGGAGAUAUUGGAGCCUAUGUUGCCAAAGUCUUACCUGGUGGAGCUGCAGAGCAAACGGGAAAGAUUCUCGAAGGAAUGCAGGUCCUGGAGUGGAAUGGUGUUCUUUUGACGGGGAAAACCUAUGAAGAGGUGCAAGGGCUCGUUGGACAGCCGUGUAAUGAGGCAGAAGUGUGUGUCAGACUUAAUCUCAACAUGCUGGCUGAAUCUGAGGGUCCCCAGCACCUAGAUUUCCAGGAGCACAGCAAAGGGGACAGACCUCCCAGAUCUCCAGGUGUUGAUCCCAAGCAGCUGGCAGCUGAGCUGCAGAAAGUGUCGCAGCAGCAGGCUCCAACAUCCACCUCUUCCUCCAGCCUACCUGCCACCACUUCAGCAACCUCCAGCCCUGGUCAGCCAGGGUCCCCCUCAGUCAGCAAGAAACGUCACAGCAGCAAGACUUCAGAGGGAACAAAGAGCCAAUCCCACCCUGUCUCUGGAGAGAUACAGCUUCAAAUCCACUAUGACAAGCAGCUUGGCAACUUGAUAGUUCACGUCCUGCAGGCCAGAAACCUUGCCCCGCGGGAUAACAAUGGCUACUCCGAUCCAUUCGUUAAAGUGUAUCUACUGCCAGGGAGGGGUCAGGUCAUGGUUGUCCAGAAUGCCAGUGCUGAAAACAAGAGGAAGACCAAACACGCAGGCAAGACCCUCAACCCUGAGUGGAACCAAACUGUCAUCUAUAAGAACAUCCACCUGGAACAGCUGAAGAAAAAGACUUUGGAGGUGAGCGUGUGGGACUAUGACAAAGGCUCCUCUAAUGAUUUCUUGGGAGAGGUCCUUAUUGAUCUGUCCAACACCGCCCAGCUGGACAACAUUCCCCGGUGGCUUCCUCUUAAGGAGCAGAGCGAGGGGGACCACCACAGACGCUCCCACUCAGGCCAGGGUCGACACAGUUCUUCUAAACCCUCCUCACAGCACUCCUCCCCUAAAACCACUGGCUCCUCGCAUGAUAAUCAGGAUUCCCCCAAAUCAUCUGUCAUCAAGAGCCGAAGCCAUGGGAUCUUUCCAGAUCCGGCCAAGGCUCGGUCAACCUACAGAUCAGGUGAUGCCCCGGUCACGGCGGCCUCAUUGGAUAGUGGCUUGAGUGGCAGUGCCUACAGCCUACUGGACGAAGAAGGAGAGGCCAACGAGGUGGACAGUGCCAUCUUCCAGGUGCCCCGAUUUGGCAAGAUCCCAAAUGGCACAGAUGUGAUGAAAUCAUCACUCGGACACAGUGACACUGAAGGUAAGACCCAAGUAAUGGGAGAGAUAAAGAUUGCUUUGAAGAAGGAAAUGAAGACAGAGGGUGAACACCUGGUCCUUGAAAUUCUUCAGUGUCGUAACAUCACCUACAAGUUCAAGACUCCAGACCACCUGCCUGAUCUUUAUGUGAAGCUCUAUGUGGUGAACAUCGCCACCCAGAAAAGGAUCAUCAAGAAGAAGACCAGAGUCUGUCGUCACGACCGCGAGCCAUCCUUUAAUGAAACCUUUCGCUUCUGCAUGAACCCCACCGGACAUGCACUACAGCUAUUCCUGGUUUCCAAUGGUGGCAAGUUUGUGAAGAAGACCCUAAUAGGCGAGGCCUACGUGUGGCUGGACAAAGUUGACUUACGCAAGCGAGUGGUGAGCUGGCACAAGCUGCUUGCCAGCACUGCCCAGAUCCACUCGUAGGAGGAGACUAAAUUUCAAAGAAAUAAGCUUGAAAGAAAAACAGGUUUCUGACAUCUGGGUUUCACAUCUGUAACACUGAUCCAAUCUUCUGGAAGUUUUGGGCACAGGAGGGGGGGGGGGGGGGUCUUCAGCCUUUGUUUCAGGGUUUGCGUAGCUUGCAAUUUGGAAAAUGCUUUCAGCAAACGAUGAUUUCUGCUCUGAUUAUGUGAGACGCUCGGAGGAAGUCGUUAUGUGUUUACAGGAAAUAGACACAUGUUUACAGGACAUACAGUAUACAGGAGUGUAGCCAGGGUUUAGAAGAACACAGGUGCUGAGUUCAGAGGUCAAGUGCAGAAUCAACCAGGUAUUACACACUUUAUCACACACACACACACACACACACACAUGCUCAUGAUAUUGCACACAGUCAUUCACGCAGAACUUCAAAUCUUAUAGAUACAGGGACUGGACACACGUAUAGAUUCUAACUUAUUUAUUUUGAUGUUUUAUCCAUUAAAAUUUCGCUAAAUGGGCACUCACCCUUCCUUUAUUACAAUCAGCAGGAUUUUAUUGAUUUUCAAAGCAUUUUGGGAAUGAAAUAGUAAAGACUCUGCUAUAGAGACCUCUUAUUUAUUUUUGUAUUAUGAUAUUAGCGUAGAGUUCUAUGAUUUGUCUUCUCCUCAAUUAUUUAAGUACUUUAACAAUCUAUUCUGGGAAGGAAGUAUAUUUUAUAAUACACUACCUGGCAUUCCAGUUCAAUACAAUAAAAAGAAAAACAAAACGAAAAAAAAAAAAAAAACAGCAAGCAUGUUUUUGACUUUAUUAACAAAAACAACUUGUUCCCUACCCCUUUUAAUCAGAUUUUCACCUUAUUUUAUUGAAUGAUGACUAUUGUUUGAUAAAGCAUCAAUAUUAAUAUAUAUCAAAUUGGACAUUAUAUGUUGUGCGCAUGAGUCUAUCUAUUUGGUAUGCAGUGCCACAUGUUCAUGAAGUUAAAAAAAUCAAAACACCUCUGAGGUUCACUUUGUACAUGGUGAAGUGUCAUAGCCGGACAUUAAUUCUACACACAUAGAUAGAUAUAUAGAUAUCUUUAUCACAGACAAUCAAGUCUUGGUGAUUGUGGCAUAGAAGUUUUAUUUAUUCACGACGCCCCUUAGAAUGUGAGACAUUUACUAUAUGAGAUUUAAGCGUUUCCUCUUUUUUCUUUGUAAGAUUGGAGCACAUUAGAAGUCUUACAUCAGCCUUGCUUUUGUUCGUAAGGGCAGUCAACUCAACGACACUCGCUUUUGUGGUAUUUUGCACUUUUUCUGCUUAGAAUGUAAAACAUCAUCCUUCUAAAAAUAGAUUUUUUUUUUCUUCUUUUUUUUUAAGAGUGAGAAACUAUAGAGGUAAAACGGCAGUAUCAAACAGACCAGGAAGUAUCCACAGUUACAAUCCUAAGACAUGAUGCUGUUACAGUAGCAUGAUGAUGUUUCUUCCCGCCUCCACGUACACUUCUUUGAACGCCUGUUGUGUCCAUUACAUCAAGAGAAAGGUCCUGUCGUGUGCUUGUACAGGGUUCAGGUUCAUUUAGCAUUUUUAGUGAAACAUCACUUAAUAUCCGAGUAAUUUCUAUGCAACAUCUACUAUAUAACAUAUGUAACUGCAUCCUGACUUGCCAGAAAUAUGAGACAUUGUUUGAGAGGGAAGAUUUCUGUUUAUUUUGCACUGCUGUGUUUUCAUGUCCUCCACAAAAUGGUUACUGCUUUAAUAUGAUUUUUUUUUAAGUUAACAUGAUUUUUUUUUUUGUAUUGCUAUAUGAAUCUUUAUUUAUUGCCUGUGAGACUAUUUCAUAUGUUGUAUUAUAUUUGUUUACAGUACAUAUCAGAUGUACAGAGAAAUUUUGUUUUUAUACACAAUGUAGUGCUUGUUUACAGUAUUUAGAGGACCUGAAACUCAGAGAACCAACUUUUUUGCCCUUGUGCAUGAACACACACUCACAUUAAAAAUGCCAAUUCCACAUAGCUAUAAAUCUAGGGAAGAAAAGCAAACAGUCCUAUUCAUGAUUCCUAUCUUUAUUUCGCACUCCCCUUUUGAAUAGUUUAAUUUUACACUAAGUGUAUGAAUUACCAAGAAAAAAAAUGAAAACCUUGUAAUCAGUGGACUUUACACCUGAAACAUAAGGUGAAGCGUGUUUUUGUUUGCUUUUCUUAAUUUUCUAUCCAUGUGCUUGUGUGUGUAGCAUCUGCAUACCAAGUCCAUGUAUGUCAUUGGCUCUAAUGCAGUCUCCCUUCCUUUACAUGUUAUCUGUCUAAAAAUAUCAACUCUAAAAUCUCCUCAUAACACAUGAUGAAUUAAACAUACAAACAAACACACACACGCAGAUGCCAUCUCUAUCUCCGACUAUGUAAAUAAAUAGUUUUUUUUAUACUGGGGUUUGGGGAGCAAUAGGUCUUUUAGCAGACAAAAAAAUAAAAAGAGUUGUGGGAUCUUAGAAGUAACAGGGAGUUGUUUCUCUCUGGAUCUCUGUACAGUGGCUAGACUGAGAGAAGAGCUUCUGUCUGUCUAUAGGGACCCAGAUUUACCCGACCCUUUACACCAAACACUAAAAGUUUACCAGAGUCUAACACAGAAGUCUAUCUUAACAACUCAAGUAGUUGCAGGAGAAUUUAAAUGUGCUCACACUGGAUGUUGCAUGUUUCGUUGGUGGUUCAUACUAUUUUUGUGUCCAGAUAUUAUUAAAGAAAAAACAAGAAUGACGUAGAGAAAGAUAUAGAACAAAUGUUAUAGAGGGAGAAAUUAUGAAGAAAAAUUAUAAUUAAUGAUGUAUGCUGACUGUACAAAGAUUAUGCUUGUAAAACCUGUCUGGUUUUUCACUUGUAAGUAAACAGAAAAAAAAAAUCUAAUGUCAUGGUUUUGUGAUUGUAUACAGGAGGUAUUGAUAAAUUAUGCAAAAUGUGCUGUAAAAAUGGCUGUUGCCCCAUGUCUAAAUAUUAAAUAUCAUAUAAAUGAA